AUGUCUGAGACACAGACCAUGCAGCGCCCAAUGAGGAAACCUUCUACCAACAAGAACAUCGAGAAGCUGCGUACCAUUAGCAUGGUGUGCUGCCUGACACAGAGCUGGCAGCAGUUGGUGACAGAAAAUGAGCAGAAGCAGGCCAGCGAGCCUUGUGGCUGGAUGGGGGGACCGGCAGAGGAAUCCAAGAAACCAUGGACGCCCCAAGCAGCAAACUCCUCCAAGGAGGCUCACCCAAAUCACAACCAACUCACACCUACCUCUCAGAAUCACAUAACUGAUUCUGGAGAUGCUCAAAAGAUACAAACCUCCCCUCAGGAGUCCCAAAAUACAUCUCAGACAGAGGCUAAGGUUGAACCUGCAACACUGCCGCUGACAGAAUCUUGUAUCAAGACCAAGCAGGCGGUCAAAUCUGUGACCGCCGGGAUGCAGGAGAAAAGUGGUGGUGUUGGAUAUCUGACCGAGAAGAUCAGCAAUGAAGCUCUGCCAUCUGGCGAGGAAAUCAACAAGAUGCUGAGCAAGCAGAGUUCGCCCACGUGCCACAGAAAAUGCUCCAACAUUGUGUCAUCGUUGACCAAAAGCUGGAAGGAGGUGGAGAAAGAGCAGAAAUAUGCAACAGAGGGAGGUGGACUUGGAGAAGAACGUAGCUGUAGUGUGCUUAGAGAGGAUGUCGAAGACCCAGACCCAGAGAAGAAGAGUCAGGGAGCUGAGGCUGCAAAAACAGAGAGGUCUGAAGCAGAGAAUGAGGAAUUACCUGAGGGAGACUCUGAGACAGCAAUCAAGAUAAAGAGGCCUUCUGCCCUAGUGUAUAGAAAGGAGGCUGAGGAUGCCAACAAGAUCAAUGCCCUCUCCAUGAAGUACAGCACUGUGGGCAGCCUCAAGAGCCGCUGGCAGAACUGGGCAUCAGAGCAUACAGUCAACCAGAAACUAAACCCCUUCAGUGAAGAAUUUGACUAUGAGUACUCCAUGUCUCUCCGUCUCCACAAGGGCCAGGAAGGAUAUGGACACCCCAAAGAGGGCUCCAAGACUGCGGAGAGGGCCAAACGCGCCGAGCAGCACAUCCAUCGCGAGAUAGGCGACAUGUGUUAUGUCAUCAGGACUAUGGCCGACCCAGACCCUGACGGAAAGUCCCGCGUCACAUUUGGACACCUGUUUGAUAGAUACGUCCGAAUCUCGGACAAGGUCGUGGGGAUUCUGAUGAGAGCGAGGAAACAUGGGAAGGUGGCGUUUGAGGGGGAGAUGCUGUGGCAGGGCCGUGAUGAUGCAGUGAUCAUCACUUUGCUGGUUUGA